GCCACCAUGGACGCCACCAUGGGAAGCAUCGCCCCAACAGGGCUCAAGGGAAAGUUGGCAGCUCUUGAGGACUUCAUCUCUAUGCAAAAUGAGGAACUUGCUGCACAGCGCCAGGAGAUUGAGAGUCUUCGCGGAGACAAAGCUGGCAUUGAGGAACACUACCAAGGACAGUUGCAAGAACUCAAGAAGACUAUGGUUGGAGAUGUUCAACGUCUGCAGGAUGAAGUCAAGCGGCACUUCGUUCAACAAAAGGCAGAGAACCAACGUCUGCAGCAACAGAUUGUCACCUUGAAAGGAGAGAAGACGUCGCUGCAGCAACAAAUCCUUGGCCUUCAAAGGCGUGUGCAGGAGAUUGAAGAGCAGGUGGGUGCUGACUGAAGCAUCUUCGGAACUGGUAUGGCAACAAUGGCAGCUGCACUUCGGACUGAAACCAACUCAAGCAGAUGGGGCCUUCUCAGCAACAGAUUCAAUAUCGGAGAUCUCGUUGUUUUU